AUGCGCCGGACGACCGUUUUGGCCCUCGUCUCCAUCGUCCUGGUCUACCUGGUGAUGGGCGCCUUCAUCUUCCGCCUGCUGGAGCAGCCCCAUGAAGUCAGCCAGCAGGUGAAGAUCCAGGCAUACCUGGAGCAGUUCCUGAAGCUGCACGAGUGCGUGGCGGCCGAGGAGCUGGAGGAGCUGAUCCAGCAAGUAAGCGAGGCUACAGGAGCUGGCGUGGAUCCGGCAGUCAACUCUAGCAAUGCCAACGCCUCUCACUGGGAUAUGGGCAGUGCGUUCUUCUUCGCCGGCACCGUUAUCACCACUAUUGGGUUUGGGAACAUCUCUCCCAAGACCAAAUACGGCCAGGUCUUCUGCAUCUUCUACGCCCUGGUGGGAAUUCCUCUCUUUGGGAUGUUACUUGCUGGAGUUGGAGACCAUCUAGGAUCGUCCCUCCGGAAGGGCAUUGGAAAAGUGGAAGAUAUUUUCUUGAAGUGGCAGGUGAGUGCCACCAUCAUCCGGGUCAUCUCGGCGUUACUUUCCAUUCUGAUCGGCUGCCUCCUCUUCAUCUCUCUGCCCACCCUCAUCUUCCAGCACGUCGAAGGUUGGACCUUCCUGGAAAGUGUCUACUUCGUGGUCAUCACGCUGACCACGAUUGGAUUUGGUGACUACGUGGCAGGUGACACGAAAAGCAACGAUUAUUUCUGGUACCAACCGCUGGUGGUGGUCUGGAUCCUCCUGGGACUGGCAUACUUCGCUUCCAUCUUGACCAUGGUUGGCAACUGGUUGCGGGCGCUGUCCAGACGCACGAGAGCCGAGAUGGGAGACCUGCCGGCUCCCGCCGCCUCCUGGACCGGCAACGUGGCGUCCCAGCUGCGUGUCCCAAGCAUGGGGUUUCCGGAGAAGCUUCACCGAGUGGCCACCUUGAAAGGGAAGCCGUUGUCGCCUUCAGCCAUCUUGGCCCAAGGGGAAAACCCCCUAUCUUCGCCCCCGCCUGGAAUCCUGUUGCAACAGCCAGCUCUAACACCAGCUGCAGCGCCGCUCGGCUCGGGUGUCUCCUCGGUGCCCCUGCAAAACGUGGCUCAGCCGAACACCCACCCUGCCAUUUCCCUGCGGCCUAUAGACUACGCGGGAGAAAAUCUGGCUUUCAUUGACGAGAGCUCCGACACGCUCAGUGAAGGGGGACCCCCUUCCACCCGGCUUCCCCGCCGAUGGCGCCCGCGGGCACGGCACCGGGCUGACCCCAGAGAGCCGAUGGGAUUGCCCAUGAUUCUUCUCAGCCGGACCCGGGACAAAGGUGAAUCGGUCUAA